CUCCCAGAUAAAGUGCGUUACAGUAAUCCAAUCGAGUUGAAAUAAAAGCAUGGAUCACUGUUUCAAAAUGCUGCCUGGAAAGAAAAGAUUUCACUGACGCCAAUCGCCUUAAAUGAUGAAAGCUGGACUUAACCACGGCUCUGAUUUGGCUGUCCAAUUUAAAAUCACUGUCCACCUUAAAACCAAGAUCUGUAAUAACAGGUUUAAAAUAAACCUCCAUGGGUCCCAGGUCAACAGAGGAGGACUCACAGGAGCCACUGGGUCCAAACACCAUCACCUCUGUUUUGUUUUCAUUAAAAUUUAAAAUGUAGAAAGUCCCAACUUCUCUACUAGAUUCUCUAACGUCUUGACAGCACGGUGGUACUCGGAGAAAUUUAGCAUUCAUUGGUACUUGUUAUUAAACUCUGAAGAAUUCUUCCAUCCAUCCAUUUUCUUACACCCUUGACCUUAGCGGGGUCAGCAGGGGUGCUGGUGCCUAUCUCCAGCGAGACAUUUCGGGCGAGAGGCGGGGUCACCCUGGACAGGUCGCCAGUCCGUUGCAGCUUAAGAUUUCUUGUUCUAGAAGAAUAAUUUCUUGGGACUGAAGGUGGUAAUCGUUUUGACCUUUUUAUAACCUUUGACAGGGAGAGAACGCCUAUGUGCGAACUUCAAUGACAAACUAAAAUAUUAUCCUUGUUUUCCCAGAUGAUUCUGGAGCCUGAUCUAAACAUUAGGCCAGGUCAGAGGUCACCAACUGUCCAACCUCUGUUCGCAAACUUUAUUACCGCGCUAAUACCCUUCUCCAUUUCCUGUCCAAACAGUGAAAUGAAUAAAAGGAAAGUUGGUUAAACUAAGAUUAUGGAGUCUUGCUGCAUUCCGUUUACCUCUAAAGUGGGAGAGCAUGAACAGCAUGACGCCAAAGCCCAGUUUCAGGUGACGGUCCGUUUUUCAGAUAUAGAUAUUUUUGCAGCCUCUUGAGUGUCAGUGGUUUAAUAAGAUUAAAAACUGAUAGAAGUUGUCUAGUCAGGAGAAUUUCAACAUAUAUCAUGCAUGGCAGCCAUAUUGGAUAUGGACAUGGACAAAAUGGGACUUUCCCAGGCAGACAUCAGGAUUCAGGGUGGACUCUCGUUGUUUUCCUGACUGGGAUAUCUUAAAUCUUAACUAUGCAAAACUUUUAGCUGGCUGGAAUUUGUUUAGCAUUCCAAGCUCUUGAUUGACCUUUUUUUUUUUCUUUUUCUUUUUUUGAUUUUGCUAUUUGUUCAUCGAAACUGAUCAUACAAGUUAACUUCGAGUCAGAGCUCAAAUCGGAGCGAGUUAUAGUUUAUUUCUGACAUAUUUAGAGCGGCCGGGCAAAGUGCUGCGCAAAGUACAACGACAAGAAUAGUAAAAUAUAAACUUCAAUAAACCAAUGAAAAACAAAUAAAACAUAGCUAGACAAGAUCAAAGGUUGUGCAGAAACAGGAAAAAUAACUUCAACUUGAACUAAAAGCCAAAGGACGGUGGGGUUUAAAUGAUCGCCAGUCUGUGCAGGUUGUUCUAUUAACUCGAGCUCCAGAUCGAACUCCGCACCUUUACCACCAGGUGGCGGUAAAGCGCUGUUCCCUCACUUGUGCGGGAUCACAAGUAAGGGAACUGUUAAAAACAACAGAAGAAGAAGCAGCAUCUUCUGAAUUGUUGUUUGGGUGGGAGACGGUGUUUCGUGAGAGGCCUUUUCGUGUUAUUUCCUCCCGCUCGUAUAUCCCAGGUUGUGUAGUAACAAUGUCUUCAUGUCAGGAUCUCAGAGAGUUCAUCAGAGACAGGCUGGCUGCUGCUGCGGAGGAAAUCUUCUCAGAGUUUGAAAAGCACAUCAUCCGGCAUCAGGAAGAGGUCAGGCGGUUCAAUGCCUACUGGAAACCGCAGUUGAAGCUGCACAGAUUAAGCCUCCCGCAGCAACAUGUCAGCGUGGCGGAGGAGGUUUCUGCCGGGCAGCUGGCCAGUGACGGGGGCACGAGCUGCAGCCGGGGCCCCGAGGAACCACGGGUGAAACACGAAGAGGAGGACUGCUGCAGCACCCAGGAGGAAGAGGAAGCAGAGCAGAAGGAGGAGACACAUAGACACACACUGCAUGCUUGUCAUGAGGAAGUCUUCCCACGGCAACGGCUCUGCGUGGAGGAGAACGCUCCCACUGACCAGCUGCUCCCUGGCCAGGACAGGACCUGCACUGGAGCCAAGGAGGAGCCAGAACCUCCACAAAUCAAAGAUGAACAGGAGGAACGGAAGCUGGAAGCGCAGGAGGAGACAAACGGAUUCUUACCGACUCCUAGUUGUGAGGAAGGCAAGAACUCUGUGUCAGAACGAUGCGCCGGUCUUCUUCGAACCAGCGUAGGCGACCGGAUCCAGCCUCUCGCCGUGUUUGCGCCUAAGGAGGAAUCUUGCGAAGGUGAAUGUGCAGACGAUAUAAACACAGACCUCCCUCUGGUGUCGGGCUCUACGGUUGAGGCGGCCACGCAGUCUUUUCAGUGUGGCUUUUGUGAGAAAACCUUUCAGUUUAGAUCCAGACUGAUCCGACACGUGGGCAUCCACAUGCGCAAAAGCAAGUUGAGGUGCGGCGUUGGCAAGAAGUCGUUCAGCCAGAACUGCCAGCUGGUCCACCACAAGAAAACCAAAGGCUCCGGCGGAAAACCGCUCGGUGCACAGGCCGGCUUAUCAACUCGUGCCGAGACUGAGCGAAUCCUCUGCAACACGUGUGGGAAAGGCUUCAGCAACCCCUCCAUCAUGAAGAGACACGCAAGAGUCCACACGGGAGAGAAGCCGUUUGCCUGCGGCGCGUGCGGGAAGUCCUUCAGUCGAAGGGACCACCUGCUGUCCCACACGAAAUCCCAUUCGGGCAAACCGCGAGACCCGCCGCAGCCCGCCAUGAAGCGGAGGGCCGUCCGCGCGGCCAAGAAGCUCUAUUCCUGCCAAACAUGCGGGAAACACUUCACGCGACACCGCUGCUUCUUGCACCACACCAAGAGUGACUGUCCGCUCGUCUGCAAGACCUGCGGGAAACAGUUCAGUCACUUGUCGCGACUGAAGCGACACGAGUUGAUCCACUCGGGCGUGAAGCCGUUUCCCUGCAGCAUCUGCGGGAAAGGCCUGAGUAGAAGGGACCACUUGGUGAGCCACAUGAAAGUCCACGCCAAGAGCAACCCUUUUGUUUGACGUAGCCAAAUGUUGAUAGAAACGCAGCAGCUAAGGGCUGAAAAGGCUUUUAGUUGGAUUGUGGUAAUUUGAGCGUCCGCAUGAGAAUCAACACUGGUGAGAUGCUUCCUUGUCACAGAGAUUGAGAAGAGUAAGUCAAUUCUAGUCCAGCACGGUGGACCACACUAACUUCAAAUAUAACAGCAAAUAUACCUUAAAAUGCACAGUGGAAACUGGGGGUGCACCGACUGCAGUUUUCUGGACUAACCAGUUACAGUCCAUCAUUUAAAAAGCCUGACCUACCCAUUCCAAUAUUGGCCAAUACCAAUUUGUUUUUGUCUGUAAAUGUCACAUCGGUGCACCCCUAGCGGAAAUGAGUUUAUUUCCAUCAGAGAAGCUAACUUCUACAGCCGUUCUUAUCUCUGCUCUUCGCUGCCAAUCAGCGUCUUGUUCUUGAAUUCAGCUGCUGGGAUUGGCUGCUUUGCUAGCUGCAGCCAAUAACGUGUUCAAGUAGCCUUAAUGAAAGAAAUGUUCAUAAAUAAUUUAGUUCAACAGAAACAUGUUUUAAUUUGUGUAGUCCACAGCUGUUUCAUCAACAUAGCUUUUUUUUUCCUUCUUUCUCAAAUCAACUUUGUUUUUCUCCCUUAAUUUAAGAUGUUUUGGUUCAAUUCUGUCUGUUUUCUGUAUUCUUGUACUUAAGCAAGAAAUACUCCGUCGUACGAAUAGCAGCAGAAAUGAUUGAAAUAAGACCCAUUUUGAAAUGUU